CUCACUAUAAUAAUAAUGAGAAAAGGCCCAACUCACACACAGACAGUGGGACAUUCAUGUUAAACAGGUGCCUGAGGGAGUGAGGCUGCACCUUUAUUGUGUUACAUAGUUUCCCCCCAGGGGGCAAAUUAAGGCUCCACCCUCUCGUUAUCCCAUGCUAAUUACCUGCCUUUGAUAAACAUGUGACUAUGCUAAUGAAGGGCGUUAGAGUACAGGAACCCAUCAGCCUUCCUUUCCAUAUUGUGGGAGGAACCUUUUCCCCCAAACAAAGGCCCCGCCCAUAGGGGGUGGGAUCCAAAAUGGGCUAAAAAGCUGCGGGAAUGAGAGCUGAGUUAGUUUGGGGAAGAGACGUGUGGGUACAGGGUACAGGGGCUCUGCAGGCUAAUGAGGAGACUCUGCCCAAGGACAGAAGAGACACAGAAGCCCCAGAAGCUGACAAUUCUCUGAUUCUUUGGAUAAAGACAAGAGGCCAUUAGACCGUGCAACUUCUCCAACACCAGGAAAUCCACACAUUGGAGAGAAAAACCUGUAUCCGACUGAGAAAAAGCUUUAGUGCAAUGAGCAUUCCCAACUCCCAGAUGGAACUUCCCUCAGUGGCACAACAUGAAUGCCCAGAAUGUGGGAAAAGAUUCUUGGAAAAAAACAAACUUAUUAUUCAUUACAGAGUCCACACUGGGGAGAAACCAUUCAUGUGCUUGGAAUGUGGGAAAAGUUUCAGGCGAAAGCAAGUCCUUACAGAACACCAAUUAAUUCACACAGGGGAGAAACCAUUCAUGUGCACAGAAUGUGGGAAAAGUUUCAGGAAGAAGCAUCAUUUUACAGAACACAUAUUAAUUCACACAGGGGAGAAACCAUUCAUGUGCACGGAAUGUGGGAAAAGUUUUAGAGUAAAGCAAAUCCUAACAGAUCACCAGAGACUUCACACAGGGGAGAAACCCUAUGCAUGUACAGAAUGUGAUAAACAAUUCCAUGAAAGGUGUAGCCUUGUCAGCCACCAGAAGAUUCAUACAGGGGUAAAACCAUUUGUGUGCAUGGAAUGUGGGAAAAGCUUCUCCAACAAGAGCAACUUUCAGAAUCACCAGAGAAUUCACACAGGGGAGAAACCAUUUUCUUGCACAGAAUGUGGGAAACAUUUCACCACAAAGAGCCAGCUUAGCGGCCAUUACAAGGUUCACACAGGGGAGAAACCAUUUUCUUGCACAGAAUGUGGGAAACGUUUCACCACAAAGACCAAGCUUAGCAGCCAUUACAAGGUUCACACAGGGGAGAAACCCUUUCCUUGUGCAAAUUGUGGGAAAAGUUUUGUUUCAAAGGGAAACCUUACUGUACACCAGAGAACUCAUGUGCGAGAGUAACUUUCAUGUGUAGGGAAUUUGGGGAACCUUAUACUGCAAACUCCAACCAGCAGCACCAUCAUCCCCACAGGGGAGAAACCAUUCACUUGCACAGAAUGGGGUUCCCCCAAUAGAAGGUUUCAUCUCCUCCCCCAGAACAUUCAUACAGGGGAAUUUGCUUGUGCAGAUUGUGGGAAAAGUUUUGCUUUAAAGGGAACUCUUACCAGACACCAGAGAAUUCAUGUGUGAGAGCAACUUUUAUGUGUAGGGAAUUUGGAAAACUUUAUACUGCAAAGUCCAACCAUCAACACCGUCAUCCCCACAGGGGAGAAACGAUUCACUUGCACAGAAUGGGGUUUUCCCAAUAGAAGGUUUCAUCUCCUCCCCCAGAACAUUCAUACAGGGGAAGAGAUACAGUCACUGAUUUCUCCUCCAUAUUCUCCCAUUCCAACAUUGCCUAUUGGCCAUUGGAGCUGCCAAUCAUAUCUGUAGGUACCAACCCACACACUAUGGGGUUAUUUGUAUGUAAAAUAUAUUCCUCAAUAAAUGUAAUGCAAUAUUUCAGUUG